CAAAAAUAAAAAGAAAACCGUAAAUCCGUUAUUGGUUGGGGUCUUGAAUUUCUCCCUCCCUUCAUCCGAUUAAGACUUGAGAGCUCCGAGCAUCGCGGAAGCCGCAAAAAAGGUCAGGUUUUGAUGGAUUACAACAACAAACUCGUUCUUGCUCCCAUGGUUCGCGUCGGCACUCUUCCAUUAAGAUUACUAGCUGCUCAAUAUGGUGCAGAUAUCACUUAUGGCGAGGAAAUCAUUGAUCAUAAGAUCCUCAAGUGUGAACGACGAGUCAAUGAACUCAUUGGAACCACUGAUUUUGUGGAGAAGGGGACAGAAGGUGUUGUUUUUAGAACCUGUGAUCAAGAAAGAAAUCGGGUUGUUUUUCAAAUAGGGACUUCUGAUGCUGUGAGGGCCUUAUCUGCUGCACAAUUAGUCGCUAAGGAUGUUGCUGCAAUAGAUGUUAACAUGGGUUGCCCAAAGUCAUUUUCUGUCCAUGGUGGCAUGGGUUCUGCCCUGUUGUCCAAGCCAGAUCUUAUUCAUGAUAUCUUGACGACAUUAAGGAGGAAUUUGAGCACACCAGUAACCUGUAAGAUUCGACUUCUAAAAUCACCCAAUGACACGGUGGAACUGGCCAGGCGAAUUGAGAAAACUGGUGUUUCUGCUCUUGCUGUCCAUGGAAGAAAAGUCCCAGAUAGGCCCAGGGAUCCUGCUAAGUGGAGUGAAAUUGCUGAUAUUGUGUCAGCAUUAUCUAUUCCAGUUAUAGCAAAUGGUGAUGUAUUUGAGUACAACGAUAUCCAGCGUAUCAAAUCUGCUACAGGUGCCGCAUCGGUGAUGGUUGCUCGAGGCGCUCUCUGGAAUGCUUCCGUAUUUUUGCCUGAAGGAGAACUUCCUUAUGAAGAUGUGAAAAGAGAGUAUCUCCGGAAGUGCAUCUUGUGGGAUAAUGAUCUGAAAAGUACCAAGCAAACAAUAAAGGAAAUGAUAAUGCAUUAUUCUUGCCUAGAGUUCCCUGAAGGGAAGGCUGUGAACAAGUCAGAGUCUAUGGCAGAUCUAGCGGAACUUUAUGGACAGGAAGAGUACUAUCAGUUUGUCUGUAAAACCAGAUUUGAUGUUGAUGGAUAUAGAUAAUGUUAUUUUUUAUGCUCAAAUGUUUUAGCUGAAUGUCCGAUUGCCCUGGUUUAGUGCCAAUUCUUUUUGAGAAGUCACUGAUAGUAGAUUUUUCACAGCUCGAGAUCAAGUCAUUGUUUUAUAGGCAUUAGGCAAGGAAAUUUAUUUUGGCCUGGAUAAAGAUAAAUUAUAUUAUAGCGUCCAUGUAUGUAACUUUAAUAUUUUCUCCAUUCCAUUGUAAUUUUAGUUUUAGUUGACAAUUGGAUUUUCUCUUUAUAGUAAAUUAUGAACACUUUUUUCUUUCUUUUCUUUUUUUUUUUUUUGAGAGAAAAAGGAAGAAAAAGGGGUGGGGGGUUAGGGUAACUAGAAAUUGAUUUGUUUCUCUGGUUGAUCAGUGUAAUUUCUUGUGGGGUAAUU